UUUUAAUUGUCAUAUUUAUAAACAAUAUCCUGAAAGAUAAAUAUUGUUUUUUAUAUUUAUUUAUUAUAUAAUAAAAUAUGCCAAAAGUACGACGAAGUAAAAAACCUCCUCCUGAGGGUUGGGAACUGAUAGAACCCACAUUAGACGAGUUAGAACAAAAAAUGAGAGAAGCCGAAACAGAAUCACAUGAAGGUAAACGGAAAAAUGAAUCAUUGUGGCCAAUUUUCAAAAUCCAUCAUCAGAAAUCCAGAUAUAUAUUUGAUCUUUUUUAUAGAAGAAAAGCAAUUAGCAGGGAACUAUACGACUAUUGUCUUGAGGAAAACAUUGCAGAUAAAAAUUUAAUAGCGAAGUGGAAGAAGCAAGGAUAUGAGAGUCUUUGUUGCCUAAGAUGUAUUCAAACAAGAGACACUAACUUUGGAACAAACUGUAUUUGUCGUGUACCUAAAUCUAAGUUAGAAGAAGGAAGGAUUGUCGAAUGUGUGCACUGUGGGUGCAGAGGUUGUUCAGGAUAGUUUUUAAUUAAAUAUUUAUGUUCAAGGAUGUAUUUUAUGGGUGGUUUUUAUUUAAUUUUGUAAUUAAUAACUAAAGAUCAAUACUUAGUAGAGUAAAAUUGUGAACU